UGACAAUGUCAAAUUAAAAAAUUAUAAGUAGUUUAUAAAGUAGAUGUCUAGAAUAUCAGAUAAUGCUCGGGCAAAUAGUGCAGGGGAUGGAGAUUCUGUACUAUCGUCUUAUGAAAAUAGCCCUAGGAAUAAAACACCUGAACUAAAUAUUACCGGACCCUGUGGAGAUUACUCAGUGGUGCAACCUGCGAACAUCAUAUUCCAUGCCACGAACUCUUCCACAGAUAGCGAUGAUCAAGAAUGUGCUGAACUAAAAAUGGAAUAUUUGCAGCGAAUUAAUCAAAUUAGAGACAAACUUGCUACUAUCGAUAUAGCCAACAGAAGCUAUUACGACUCUUGUUUUGCAUAUCCUCCUAUUUCAGUCGUGGGUUCCGAAAGAGGCCAAUGCCAAAUUACUGAGAUUUUCGAUGAGGAAACUCAUUUAGAUGAAAAAAACUACGAAUCUGUUGCAGAAACAAAAUCAAUAGUUCCAGAAAUCAAGCCAUCCUCAUACAAGCCAUUAAGUUGUUCAAGUAAAGGCUCCGAUACAGAAUUUAAAACAAUUCUGGAUUACUCAGCCAGCUUUAAAGAAAUGUCCUCAUCAGUAGAGUUACUUGAUCUUAAUUACAAUCCGCCUAAAAAGCGAACCUGUAUACGAGAGAACACACCGAAAUUCUCGACAUCUGACGGGGUCGUUUCUUUACCGUAUCAUAUUAGGGUCAGUCUCGAUGACGUAAUCUCUAAAUCUAACAAGAGUCCAGGCGGUCAGCAACAGUUAGAAAAAGAAAGCACGGCCGCAGCUAAAGCCGAAGUUAUUACAAAGGCUCCGACUGAAAGGCCCAACCAUAUUUUCCCGAGAGUUCAAAUAGAAUGUUCUGAAAAGGAGUGUUUGUCGACAAAAGGGAGUGAAUCUGGAAUAGACCCAAAUGGUGCUGGUGCUAAUAAACCAGAUUCUCCAAAGGACCACGUAUGCCUCCUAUUUUUUGACACCUUGGAGCAAUCCGUAUCAGUAUCUCCAAAAACCACAAAUAGGUCUCGAGAUACUGACAUCACUUCGACAACCGAUAGUUCCACGCAAAGACAACAGAAGAGGAGACUGAUGUUAAGAAGUGCAAGCAACAAGGUGAAACCCACUGAUAAAAUGUCAUUAUGGGAAGAAAUUAGAACAAUGGAAGCUCUUAAGAAAAAAUCCCGACCUGAAAGUUCAGGUUCGCACGAUAGCCAAUUCAGAAAAGUGAUAUUAAGCAAAACUGAAAAAGAAAAAUCUUUGGAUAUAAAUGCUAUAGGUAGCUUUGAGGUUCCUAGGAAAUCCAAGAAAAUAGCCAGAUUUCCGUCUAUAACUAAAAUAACGAGUUUUUGUUCAUCUGUUUUUAAAAAACCUAAUAGCACUGAAUCAAAAGCACAAGACAGUGUUCCAAAAUCAGUUCAACCAAAGACAUUUUUUACGCCAAAAACUGCAGACGCUUUGUUAGAUAUCAAAAAAGAGCAGGAUGUUGAUUUGAAUUUAGAAGACACGCCAACUGGAGAGAAGUUCUCACAGUGCUCGUAUUCAGAUGAAGACGAUUUUGAUUCAUAUAAUCCAUUUUGUAUAUUUUGUUUUUGUUUUUAGUUAAAAAAAUUAUAUUUUUAGCUUGUAAGAAUAAAUCUCUGAAUUUCU